GAUUUUUACACAGUUCACACGCUCACGAAAUGCUGAUCGCCUCAGAUAUAUAAGGACCCAACUGAGCCAGCAAUACCAAUAAAAUCAUGGAUCAAACCUAUAUGGGCAUGGAGGACGUAUCAGGUAGCAACGUAAAGUUGAGAAGGCUGGUAGAAACUUCAGAAGACAAUUCUAUCGAUGAUGAAGUGAGUCAAACUCUGCAAUGUGAAACGACUGGACGUGGACUCCCAGAGGCUGAAUUUGUAAAGAAGAGUUACUGCAGAGCUGCUGUGAUUCUUCUGGGUCUGCUGUGUCUUUUCCUCCUGAUUGGAUUCAUAACUGUGGUUUUUCUCUUCACCCAAGGCAAAUCUCCUGGUGAAAUGGACACAGUGUUGCUACACAGGCUUUACAACAACUUGACCAGCGAGAGAAACCAGUUACUGACCAGUUACAACAACCUGACAACUGAAAAGGACCAAUUGCUGACCAGUUACAACAACCUGACAACCGAACGAGAACAGUUACUGACCAGUUACAACAACUUGAAAACUGAAAAGGACCAAUUACUGACCAGUUACAACAAUCUGACAAUCCAACGAGAACAGUUACUGACCAGUUACAACAACUUGAAAACUGAAAAGGACCAGUUACUGACCAGUUACAACAACCUGACAACCAAACGAGAACAGUUACUGACCAGUUACAAAACCUUGAAAACUGAAAAGGACCAGUUACUGGCCAGUUACAACAACCUGACAACCGAACGAGAACAGUUACUGACCAGUUACAAAACCUUGAAAACUGAAAAGGACCAGUUACUGACCAGUUACAACAACCUGACAACCGAACGAGAACAGUUACUGACCAGUUACAACAACUUGAAAACUGAAAAGGACCAGUUACUGACCAGUUACAACAACCUGACAACCGAACGAGAACAGUUACUGACCAGUUACAACAACUUGAAAACUGAAAAGGACCAAUUACUGACCAGUUACAACAACCUGACAACCAAACGAGAACAGUUACUGACCAGUUACAAAACCUUGAAAACUGAAAAGGACCAGUUACUGGCCAGUUACAACAACCUGACAACCGAACGAGAAAAGUUACUGACCAGUUACAAAACCUUGAAAACUGAAAAGGACCAGUUACUGACCAGUUACAACAACCUGACAACCGAACGAGAACAGUUACUGACCAGUUACAACAACUUGAAAACUGAAAAGAACCAAUUGCUGACCAGUUACAACAACAAAGUUAAAGAGAGAGACCAGCUCCAGACAAGAUUUGAAGACAUGACCAAAAAUAGAGACAAUCUUCAGGGAAAGCUUCAAGAUUGCAGAGAAAACUGGGUGGCCUUCAGUGAUAGUUUGUACCAAGUUUCUUCAGAGCAGAAAUCCUGGGAAGAAAGCAGACAAGACUGUCUUCAAAAAGGUUCAAACCUGAUGAUUAUCAACAGCCGAGAAGAACAGAAUUUUGCUAACCAGUUCAAGAAGUAUUUGUGGAUUGGACUGACUGACUCACUGACAGAGGGGACAUGGAAAUGGGUGGAUGGGACUCGCAUGACCACAAGCUACUGGAAUAGUGGGGAACCAAAUGGUGGCAGAACGGAAAAUUGUGGGCAGAUAAAGGCUUAUGACUCGCAAAACAGCUGGAAUGAUGAAAUAUGUUCCAAUCAACACUUCUGGAUAUGUGAGAAGAGAGUUUCUCAAUAACUUGACAUCCACGGCCAACAAAUACUGCAGAACACAGAGCCUUGAGAUGAAUUACUGAAAUGAAGCUGAACAGAAAACAGUGGACACUUAGGCUAUGUCCACACAUACACGGGUAUUUUUGAAAACACAGCUUUUUCUAUGCGUUUGGGCCUUUUGUCCACUGAAAACUGAGAUUUUAAAAAACUCCUGCCAGGGUGGAGAUUUUCGAAAACUCAGGUUUUGCGUUUACAUGUGGACGAGCAAAAUGAAGAUUUAGCCACGCAACGUCAAAGGUGUGCGCCUUUUUUAACGUCAGAUCUGCAGUUUUUACACACUUACAUAAACACACGCCGUUACUGUCCCUCCAUUUAGAAAGACAGAGGCAUCAGAGUGAACUUCGGAUGUAGCUUUUACAUUCAACACAGAUGCUCUCACAACCUAAGUGUAAUAUUAAGGAAUAAUUCCACCUCACUGUCCACACAUAGGACUCAUUUCUGCUUCUAUGCGCCAUCUUUGUUUACGCUUUCCCUCCCAGGCUUCUAGACUUUUGAUUGGCCAACAUUUCUACACAGGAUUUUAUCACGGAGAUAUUUUACAAAAAUGCACGUGUGGACGAGAUUUUUAAAAAAAACAAAACGGAAAAUCUCCACUUACAAAAAUACCCGUGUACGUGUGAACAUAGUCUUAGAUGGAAAGAAGUUUAAAGGGUUUUUGCUUUGCUUUCUAAGUCAAGAAUGUCUUUUGUUACUAUAUCCAGGAUCUUUAAUCAGCCGACGAUCUGCUUUGGUGUGACUGGUCAUGACAAUUUUAAGACGUGUUAGAUUAAAAAACUUGCUCAACAAUCCCAUGCUCAAAAAUUCUCAUCUUAUAGAAAAAUAUUCUGUUAUCAUAAAAUUUCCAUCUGUAUUUACAAUUUAAUCAUUAAAAUGUUGACAAUUUGGACUUGU